AUGACAACCAUUCGAAUUACAAUGCGAAAGUGUGAUAUUUUUUACAGUACGUCAGAGCAGAUGCUCAUGCUCUCUCUCUCUCUCUCUCUCUCUCUCUCUCUCUCUCUCUCUCUCUCUCUCUCUCUCUCUCUCUCUCUCUCUCUCUCUCUCUGUGUGGUGUUCGCUCGUGUGUCGGUCGCGGUGACAGUGGCAGCGGCGGGCGGACGUGACGGGGCGUCUGUGUUUUGUGAUGCUUGUCGGCUUGCUCCUGUCUAUCCCAAGGGCCUGUUUCAAGCGCCAACUCUCGGCACAGUUGCCUCUUUCCGUCCUGUCCGCUACCACCUUCGCCCCAGCCUCGCUCGCUUGUCCGUCACCGCAGCCAUGACCCGUCGUGGUGCUGCCAAUGCUGCUGCGGCCAAAGAGUCCCGGCAGCAGCGACUCACGUUGAAACGACCAUCUGCGCCUAGGCUUGUGAUGACGAGCAAGUCCAAAGGGGCUGCGCCCGCUACAGCCUCUGUGGAUGGCAUCCCCCAAGGCAUCACGCACAAACUUCCCGUCGGCUCUGUGGUCAAGAUCUUCACCGUAACCUCCAAGCCCAACUAUCUGCUACCUUGGCAGAUGGGUGGCCCAGAUGCCUGCUCUGGCUCUGGCUUUCUUGUUGCUGGCCGGCGUAUCAUUACCAAUGCCCACGUCGUGUCAAACUACACUCAAGUUCGCGUCCGCAAGCAUGGCGGUCAAUUCAAGUACCUGGCCCGUGUUUUGUGCAUCAACCACACGUGCGACCUGGCCCUGCUUGAGAUUGACUCGGACGAAUUCUGGGAGGGCGUUGAGCAACUGCAGAUUAACACUGACAUCCCAGACCUAGACGAGCGCGUGGUCGUCCUGGGCUAUCCCAUGGGUGGCGAUACCCUGUCUCUCACCCGUGGCGUGGUGUCACGCGUUACGACCCUCAAUUAUGAAGAAGUCAAGUUCCAGCCCCGCCAUGGCCCUGAACUUCUCGCCAUUCAGAUUGACGCUGCCAUUAACAGUGGCAACAGCGGAGGUCCCGUGUUUCGUGAGAAUGGCGACAUUGUUGGGGUCGCCUUCUCCGGCUAUGCCGGAUCAGCUGACAACAUUGGCUACAUCAUCCCCACACCCGUCAUUACCUCAUUCCUGACAUCCAUCAACACCAAUGGUACCAGUGCAGGCGUGUGUGACAUUGGUAUUCGCUACGAGUUGUGUGAGAACCCUUCAAUGCAGCGCAAGCUGAAGAUGGAGCAGCACUCGGGCAUCCACGUUAUCAAGGUGGCGCAGCUCGGCCCGGCUGCUGGCAAGGUCAAGGUUGGCGAUGUAAUCACCAAGAUCAAUGACUAUCCGGUUGCCAACGAUGGCACCAUUCCCUUUCGCGGCGAAGAGCGCGUCAGCGUCCAACAUGCCAUCUCAUCUCACCCCUUGGGUAAGACCAUGAAAAUGGUUGUGUUGCGGGACAGCGAGCUCGUCAACCUGGAGUUGGAGGGUGCUGUGACCCCACCGCUGGUUGAAUGCUAUCGCGAGGUCGGCACCAUGCCCAGCUAUUUCAUCUUUGGCGGUUGUCUCUUUUCGCCCAUGACCUCGGGGCUGAUUGAGCCCUGCAUCGACGACUUUGACGAUGAGAGCUGGGAAGCUUCCCGCAAGGCCAAGACGCACGAGGACGAGCAGAUUGUCGUCAUGGUCAGCGUGCUGUCGCAUCCCAUUAACCACGGCUACAACAUGAGCCGUAUUCGUCGGAUCCACAAAUGCAACAACACGGUCAUCCGCAAUCUGCAGCACCUGAAGCAACUGGUGGAUGAGAGCGACAAAUAUGUCCACUUCGAGCUUUCCAUCGGCAAAAACAUCAUUCUUGACAAGGCAGAAUGUCUUGAGGCGGAACGCGAAAUUUUGAAGACUUAUGCGGUGCCUGCCCCUUGCUCCCGUGAUCUUUUGAGCGAGAAGGAGCAGGAGGCCCUUACGCCACGCAACGGCGGUGCCCGUUCCAAACGCGCCAAGCGAGCCAAAUAA